GUUGAAAUCACUUCCUGUCAGCUAGCAACUCUUGCCACAUCCUUUCGUGCGUCUCAGAGCGUUAGCACAUUUCCUGGGUCUUACCUCGAGCCUUUCAGACCCCGUUGCAGCCAUGGUGAGUUACUGCCCCAUCUGCGGGAAGCCCGUCUACUUCGGUGAGAAAAAAAGGUCAUUAGGUCGGGAUUAUCACCCACUGUGUCUGAAGUGCCACAUGUGUAAAAGGCAGCUAACACCUGGCCAACAUGCAGAGCAUGAUGAGAAGCCGUACUGCACUAACUGCUACUUGAGACAUUUUGGGCCUAGAGGUACCAGAACACAGGUGCCUCGUACCCGUAGCACUGCUACUUCCUAAGGGUAAUCUCAGCUCCAGCCAUGUUCCCAACUGCUACAGUCAUGCUUUUCUCUGCUACAUUUCCAUAUACAACUUGCAGAUCUCCACCUCCACCUGGUAGAUCUCCACCUCCAACUCAUAGCUCUCCACCUCCAUUGAGUAGUUCUCCAAAUCCAACUGAUAGAUCUCCACCUCCAACUGGUAGAUCUCCAUCUAGUAGUAAUCCAAAUCCAACUGGUAGAUCUCCAAUUCCAACUGGUAGAUCGCCAACUCCAACUGGUAAAGCUCAACCUCCAACUCUUAGUACUCCAACUCCAACUGAUAGAUCUUCACCUCCAACUGGUAGCUUUCCAUCUCCAUCUGGUAGAUCUCCAUCUCCAACUGUUACAUUCCCAUUCUCAUCUGCUGCCACUUCAACUGUUCUUGUGCAAACUCCACCUGCAAGAUAUCCAUAUCUCUUGGCUACAUCUCAAUGCUCUCCACCUUAAACUGUUAGAUGUCCAUCUCCAACUACUGGAUCUUCACCUUCAACUAUCAAACCUCCACCCACAUCUGCUAAAUCUCCAUCGCCAACUGCUUGAUCUGCUUCAUUUGUUAGAGCUCCAUCUAUAACCGUUAGAUCUGUACCUCCAACUGCUCGACCUAGAGCUGAGCUAGCAAGAGUUCUUUCUCCAACUGUGAGACUUCAACUAGUUAGAUCUCCAUCUCCAACUGCUGCAUCUUGAUCUUCAACUAGUUAGAUCUCUAUCUACAUCUGCAAGCCCUCAAACUGCUAGAUCUCCAACUGCUCGAUCUUCAACAACAGGAUCUCCACCUUCUGUUGUAAGGUUCCCUAGAGCUGCUUGAUUUCCAUAUCUAAUGGUUUGACCUACUUCAAAUGUCAGAUCUUUAACAGACUGCAAACUUUUAGAAUCAAAUCCCCAUUGGCUAGAUCUUGAUCUCCAAAUGUUAGAAUUCAAUCAACAAGUGCCAAAGCUAAUCUAAUUUAAUGAUUAGAUUUCCAUCUCCAACCAACAGAGCUACAUCUACUAGAUCUAUCUCUCAAACAAUACCAACCUACUGGAUCCUCAAAUAAAUCUUCUAGAUCUCGCCAUCUUUUUUUGCAACAGACCCAUAGCGACGUGUGCUACAACUUCAUCUCCAUUGGAUCCACAAGUACUAGACCUACAGAUCUCCAUCUUCAACUACUAGUUCUCUAUUUUCAUCUCUCUGUUUGUCUUCACCUCGCUUUCUCCAAACACCAACUUUGGUAGAAAGAAGUUCAAGCCUAUGAUGACCGCUAUGCAACUUCUUUCUUCUACCCCCAAAACCUCAGAUUCCCCCCCCCCAACUCUUUUGAAAACUCUUCCUCCUGCAGUGUUGGAGGGUGUUUAAAACUGUCUGCAAGAGAAAACAUGCAACAUUAAACAAAACCACUUGCAAAGCGUCCACGCAGCAAAUCCACUUUUUGGCUCCAGACACUCCUUCAGAUGGCUUUCGUUUGGCCUAAGGAACUUCGUAAUCAAAUAUUUCAAAACACAUACCAUAACCUUUCUGUCUGCUGUCACUCUUGUUUUGUCUUCCAAUAGAAUUUGGAAGUUUCUGCAUAUUAUUUAAGCUGACAUCCCAAAUGGACGGGUGUUUUUUUUUUUUUUUAAUUCAGAAUAUUCGUGUAAGUGUAUUUUUCUUCAAGAAACUGGAAAGUCAUUAUGAUUGUGAAAAUGAAUUCACCACUUUGUGUGAUGAUUAUGAUGUUGAUGAUAAUGAUGAUGCCAUAUUAAACGUAAUUAUAUCAAACAGCAA